AUGUACAAGUGUGAAAAAGUGUGCAAGUGUGCAAAAGUUUGCAAGUGUUUGCAAGUGUGUGCAAAGUGCGUGCAAAUCGUGUCGGAGCCGUUAACAGUCGGUGACCUCGGCGGCUCGCGUCGACGCGGGUUAUCUCGAACACGAGACACGUGCCGGUGGCAAGGAGUGGGGAGCGGGAAUACCCAAGACGCGGGCUGCAGUUCCGCUAUAAACACCGUGCAGCGACAACAGCCGCGGUCAUUCCGAGACUGCGAGUCUUCCCGUCUCCCGUCUGCAACCGCUACGCUUCUGUUCGAGAUGCAGCCCGUGGGCAACGCGAGGUCGGCGCCGGUGCUGCUCCUGGCGGCGGCGGCGGUAGUGGCGGUGCUGGCCACGAGGGGCGCGCAGGCGCUGACCUGCCCCGAGGGCGGCUGCUCCGCGGUGACCUGCGACCCGGCCAUCACCGAGCAGAGCUGCGUCAACGGCCAGUUCCAGCGGCGCGGGUCGGCGUGCGGCUGCUGCGACAUCUGCAGGCCCCUGUCAGAUCUGAACGAGCCGUGUGAUGACGCGCGUCGUGUCCCAGUGGGCAUGCGGCCCUACGUCAUAUGCAGAGAUCCUCUAGUCUGCAAGUCCGGGAUUUGCAAGAAUCCGUAGAUAAAAAAAAAUUUUUUAAUGUUUUAAAGAAUUUUUGAUAUGUAACAGAGGGAAAAAAAAAUUAUGGAUGUAUUUUUUUCCGCAAAAUCUUUUAAAUUAUAGCUACUCAAACUGAUUUGUCACCAGACAAAAAAUAAACUUGAUAACACAAAAA